AUGGCAGUGGUUUUUGAUCCACGUUUCAAGUUGGAUUCUGUGUAUUUUUGUUAUGAGAAGUUGUACGGGGAUAAAGAAGUUGCUAAAGCAGAGUGUUCUGAGCUGAGAGGAAAGAUAUGUGAUCUACUAAAGGUGUAUGAUGAUCCUGCUGGUCAAUCUUCAUCACUUGCUGAGGAUAUUACUGAAGAUGUGGACUAUUGUCAUGAUAUGGAUGAGUUUGAUUCAUUUGGAGAAAAUCAAUUCUUAGGCGAUAGAACACAAUUAGAUGAAUAUCUGGAUGAUAAGAGGCUCAAGCGCAAACAACCAUUGGAUGUUCUUCGAAUCCACAUUCAUCAUUUAGCAACAGGGAAGCAGCCUCUCUUGCUCCAGAACAGGGGAAAAAUGCACUAA